AUGAAAAUCACCACGCUGUGCCUUGUUUCGAGUGCCGUCGGCGGGUUCGCACGGGGGCUGGACGUGACCAUGCCGGUGCGGGAGAAGAUGGGGGUGGAGGUGGAGGUGGAGGUGGAUGUGGCGCGGCCGCCGGAGACCACCACCACCACCCACGGCAGAGGUACGUUCGGGCGGGCGCAACCAGACCCGGACCGUAGCACCGCCGACGGACGGCGCAAGGUCUUCCCUCCGCACACCGAGCACGUCUGCGGCGCGUUCCCCGGCGGGGCCGACAAGUGGUGGAGCGUGCUGGACGCGGCCAUCUGGCGCAUCAACGCGGUGGCGAGGCGCAACAAGCAGCAGCAGCAACAGCAGCAGCAGCAGCAGCAGCAGGGGCGGCCCUCGCUCGGCGCCGGGCCAAGGGUGUGCGAGCGGGUGAGCUGCUCCGAGGGCACGGGCGUGUGGUGGUGCAACGACGAGGACAAGCCAAAGACGCUGUCGAGCUGGAUGGACAUUGCCGAGGCGCUGCAGAUGGCCAAGAAGAAGCGCUGGUGCGUCGAGGAGCGGUCGGUGCAGGUGUUUCAUCCGGACCACUGGAACGUCAUCUUUGCGGGAGGGGUCAAGUGUUGACCAUGAGGAAUCGCUCGAGUUUUGUUUCAAUGGCGGUGCCCUUGCCUCGAGGCCGGCCCGCCGUGCUUGUUAUCAGUCGAGUGGGUGGGAUUUGCUAGGACUUUGGCCCCCCGACGACAUACAGUACGUGUAGGUAAUACGAAAUAACUACAAGUCCUACGAGAGGAGGUAGAGGUGCAAAAAAACAUGGGGGGCUAGCCAUCGCC